AUGGAUGACCCGACAGGAAUUACGAAGAGAAAGAAAAACCCGAAAAUUAGAAUAGGAACAUGGAAUGUUCGAGGAACAUAUAGCGAAGGAAAACUCAAACAAAUAGUUCAAGAAUUACAAAGGUAUAAUAUAGAUGUAGCAGCUAUACAAGAGACGAAACAAAAAGGCAAAUUCAUCACAGAAAUAGACAACUACAUAUUAUUUAAUAGCGGAAUUGACAACAGAGAACUAGGAACAGGAUUCAUGGUGAAGAAGAGCCUGAAAGGAGCAGUAAUUACCUUCAAACCAAUCUCAGAAAGAAUGAGCUAUAUAAGAUUGAGAAAGAAAGAUCUAGAAGUAAAAACAGAAUAUUACGAAGAACUAGAAAGAGAAUAUGUGAAAAUACCAAAGCAUGACAUUAAAAUGGUUAUAGAAGACGCCAACGCAAUGAUAGGUAAAGAGAAUUGCUACAGGCCAAUAAUCGAGAUAAGAAGCAAACACCAAAAAACGAAUCAAAAUGGAGAAAAAUUGAUAGAGUUUGCAGAAGAAAACAAAAUGGUAGUCAAAAGCACCUUCUUUGCGCAGAAAGAGAUCUACAAAGGCACAUGGAUGUCGCCUGAUGGAAAAACGGUCAACCAAAUAGACCACAUACUGGUAGAAAGGAGAGAUGCUCAACUAAUAACCAGAUCAAGAAGCUACAGGGGAGCAGAAGCGAAUUCAGACCACUUUCUAGUAAGAACAGACCUCAAACAAGAAAUACCGAAGAAAAAAGAAGGAAAGAAGACGCAACGUGAUAUAAAUGUAAACAAACUUAAGAAAGCUGAAGUACAACAGGAAUACGAACAAAAGAUGAAUGAGAGAAUAAGAUCAACAGAGCAAGACAUACCUAUAGAAGAGAGGUGGGAAGAACUACAAGAGAACAAAUGA